GGGCUCGAUCAAUAAGCAAAUCUCGCGUUACGAGACAACCGCAGUGUACACACACCCUGAUGCCAAGGUAGAUAUCGUUCUCGUCCAUGGACUCAACGGCGAUCCGCAGAAGACAUGGACGGCCAAGAAUAACGUCUUCUGGCCUACCGACUUACUUCCAACUUCCCUCAGAGAUGCCCGCGCGAAUAUCCUCGUCUAUGGAUAUAAUGCCGAUGUAUACUCGAAGAAGCACGGGUCAACCCCGAGCGAUAACUUCAUUUACGUACAUGCGCAGACAUUAGUAACGUCCCUCACCCACUAUCGAAAGGACGAGCAAACAUCUCAUAAUCCCAUCGUCUGGGUGUGUCAUAGCCUAGGCGGGAUCUUGGUGAAGCGCGCUCUUUUAUAUUCCAACGACCUAAGGUCCUCGCAGCAUGAAGACUACCGAUCUAUAUAUGUAUCUACGUAUGGUAUGAUCUUCCUGGGUACGCCGCAUACAGGCUCAGAUCUGGCGGCAUGGGGUACGAUGUUGCAGGCAAUGUCAGACGCUGUAGUCCCCAGGACCUUCUUUCAGUCAGAGUCGGUUCUUCUAAAAACGCUCAAAAGAGAUAAUGAAACUUUACAAAACAUCAAUAUUCAUUUCCUCGACAUCUACCAAAGAUUCAAGAUUCUCAUGGCGCACGAAAACCAUAAGUCGGAUCUGAAGGGAACCAGAAUGCUAAUCGUUGACGCUCAUUCCGCUAGUCCCCAACUUCCGGGCGUGACGUAUUUUGCGAUCGAGGCAACUCACUCUGGGAUGUGCAAGUUUGAGAGCAGAAAUGCGCCAGGCUAUAGAACUAUAGCUACCGCCCUUAGAGAUUGGGUUGUGGCCGCACCGGACGUUAUCGCCACACGUUGGAGGGUGGAAGAAGAUGAGAAACUAGCACGGGCUAAGCACGAAAUAGAAGAGAGAAUGAAGCCAUGGAUUGACUCGCAGCGUAUACAGCAGGCUGGCCAAGGAUCCAUUGCACAGCACCAUAAUGAAACUACGUUGCCUUCAACCCCAGAUCCUUCGAAGAUCGAUCACCACCCUAGACGGCUCAUCACCGGCCCAGUGACGCCUAAUCAGCCAUCGGAAGAAGAAUAUUUCCCUUCUCAACAGUCUAAAUCUGAGGAUGACCCCCUUCAAGAACCUCUAUUCGUGAAGCCGACGGUCUUUCGUCCUAACACUCAUUUUAAGGGUCGGGACAAAGAACUGAAGUUACUCCAUAAAAUGCUAAUGGACCGCAAGAGAAGGUCGGUCGGGACUUCUUCUGUCCUGAUUCAAAGUAUGCCUGGCGGUGGUAAGACCCAUCUAGCAAGACAGUAUGUUUUCCAGCAUAGAUAUGACUACCCCGGCGGCGUCUUCUGGAUCAGGGCAAAAUCACUGGAAGAACUAGACUAUGGCUUUUGGGACAUCGCAAAGACGGUAGGCUUAAAUGAGGUCACGUUCCUAGAUAGCAAUGGACUCAUCGAUACGCGCAAGAUGGUUAAGGCCGUUCAUACAUGGCUGAGUACCAACGACAAUUGGCUACUUAUUUUAGAUGGAAUUCAUUUUGACCUUCCAGGCCUUGAGGAUUAUAUUCCAUUUACGAGGAAUACCGGAAUAAUAUAUACAUCAACAGAGCGAACAGCGGGCGAAGAGUACCAGUUUGAUAAUCCUCAGAUUAUAGCGCUGGACUCGUUGACGAAACAAGAAGCCCAGGAACUACUCUUCGAGGAGAUGGGCAAGAGGCAGCCAUACACUCAAGAUGAUUUGAGACGUGCCGAAGAGCUGGUUGAACUAAUGGACCGGUUGCCUCUCAUGAUUCAUGUUGCAGCGCUACAGCUAAAGGCUACCCGAGAACCCCUAGCGAAGUAUCUGAGGUCGUUCCGAAGUCGCCCGAAGGUUGGCAAUCUCCUUGCGUAUCGGGCGGUUCGUGAACAACUAGAGCAUAGAGGUGCCGUCGCCGCACUGAACUUGAUGUCUCUACUGUCUUUCUUCGGCACGCAUAUACCUGUCGAAAUGGUAGUACUGGGAGCGAAGGCUCUCGACAAAAGAACACCAGUCAAAUCUACAGAUCCCGAAACUCGGAGGUCGUCAUUGAAUAACACGUUCAAGAUACUCAUUGCCUUUGCCCUCGUGGAAAGAAAUGAGAAUACCGAAGCCUCCUCAGCCAGCUCGCAUAGUACUCGCAGUGUCGAUAUGGGUCAGGAUAGCCUCGAUAUAUUAAGAAUCCAUGGAAUUGUUCAGGCCUUUUUCGUUGACGCGCUUGCGGAAGAGAAACAAGCAUCGUUCUGGUUGGAACGGGCAAUAUGCGUCUUCUGCAAAGCUUUCGACAUGAGCGACCGCCGAGCUACCGACGACCCCCAAACAGGAGUACCUGAAGACUUCCGAAGGCUUCGCAUCCACGGAGAGCGAUUACUAGCCCAUACAAGCCGGUUCGAAAAAAGAAACAAGGAACUCACCCAGUGCCGAGAAUUUGUCGAAUCACGUUUGAACACCAUUGAUAAGCGAAUCGAUGAACUAACUAGACGAAUCACGGACGGCUCUAGUCAAGGGUCUGAACCAGCAGUGGUCUCUGUAUUCGAGCGGACAAACAGUCUAUCUGAAGAGGAUACGUCAACGCCUCCGAGCAAUAGCAGCAUAGCCGAACCCUAUAUCUUGUAUGACGAAAACUCACCGCUGUCACCGUUAGAGUCUCCAGCAAUCUACAGUAUCAGCGACUAUAAUCCUUAUCAUUGGCAUGUUACUUAUCCGCACGGCGUACCAUACGACGAUAAAGACCAUUCAAGAACUGUAACGCCACAACCAGCGCCAACAGAAGUUUUCGAGUCAAUGUCAAUGCCAGACGAUGAUGAAGUUACAAGGAGGGUGUUCGGCCCCAACCAUCGAACUAUCAAACGGCACGCCGGGCGGCGCUACCGUGACCAUGCCGGUUCUUGGAGAGCCGCCUCUCAGAUACUGAGCGACCCACGCGUUAGCAUUAGCCGCGAGACAGCAAAAGGCAUUAUCAACAGGUCAACUGUUGAGCAGAUGGCUAGACCACGCUCCCCUACAAAUAGCACUUCUUCCGAUACUACUAAAGCACGAAUGACCCUCGAUCGUAUCAACAGGGGCUCGCUUUCAUCGCAACAACAAAGCAUCGAGAGUAACAUUGAAUCCGUCAGCGAUGUUACUCCGGCCACACGUCCAAGGUUGAUAGCCGGCAGGCCAUCAUACGCCGAAGCUGUAGUUGGAGAGGAUUAUUCUCCCUCUGUAACUUUCUCAAGCCCAAUCCCAUCACCAAGUAGUGCCGCCACGUCAAUCCUUAGGCGCAGGGAGAAUGAUCGUUCCGUGUCACUCGACGGGCUCGCUCCGGUCAAAGUAUCUAGCCCUUUAGCUACGACUCCUCUCACCGUUACAUCGCCACCAUUACCAGCCCCUCCAACGGCGCAGACAACUUCUUUACCAGAGGGCGAUAAGACGGCUCACGUACCCAAGUCAUCUUCAGGGCCUCCAUCGAGACCACCCUCAACAUCGCCCUCGCAUUCUCCCUCAAUGCGAGCUUCAAGACCAUCCUCUGGGGUAUUAUCAAGGUCUGCACAAUCUAGCCCAUCCCAUCCCACAGGCCCUUUUGUCCCACCACCGAUUCCAAUUGAAGUCAACUCCAACAGCAGUCUACGCUCUUUACCUGCUCCUAAUCCUCAUCCAUGGGACUCUUCUACUAGACUUCCCCAACAUUCUAUUGCCAAAAGCGAUGACUAUCUUCCCUUAGCUCACUCAUUCCCUUCGAUCCGAACACCCCCUAGUCUCCCAUAUCCGCAUACAGCGCACAGUCCACCGGAGAGUUUACCCGCACCAGAACAUCCGCCCUCAUGGGUAGCGUCGUCCAUGUCUCCAAACUUGCAUCCGCAAGGUUAUUCUAGUCAACCUAUGUCGCGCGAUCCGAGCCACCAGUCAAGUCACAGCCACAGCUCGAGCUAUUCUUUGAAUCAUGCCCCUUCUCCAUUAGCACAUAGCUCAUCGCCAGGAUCUCAAGUGAUGCAGAGACCCCGCUCUCGUCGCCCAAGCGUAGUAGAAACAGAGCCCAGCCCGCGGUUAGACGGGCUUGAGCUUGAACCUGUAAUUACUAGUUAUUCGCUCUAUAACGAAUCGGCCCGUGGUCGUAAACGUACAGCAUCAGGAGGCUUGUCUCACUCCUCGAAUUCUCCAAGCCUGCUCUCACGAUUCAAACCAAGGAGAAGGGGAAGUAACGGGCGUCGCCACAAGUCGGCAAGUGGAAGAUUGAGUGGCUUAACUAGGAUCUCCAGGAUCAGUUUAAACCAGGACCCGAAGUCACCAAAGGAAGCUGAGCCAAUGUCACGGUCUGGUUCAGGCGGGAUUCGACUGGCAGAUGGUAGAGUCGUGGAGUUUGGGUCUCCGCGACAGGGAAGAGAGGUGUCGCCUAUUUCGGUGACAAGCGGCUCUGGCGUCGAUGUUGGCAAUGACCAGGGUGGUAGCCCAUCCAUCUCUUCGAGUCCUCCUCAAGCAUCGCCCAGAUUCAGCACUCAUAGGUUGAGUAGAAGAGGCAAGAAAGUGAAUUUGAAGGAAACGGCCAAUGCUUCCGACGUCGGGCUGGGGAUCUUACAGCAGCAAAGACAAUCGCCGUAAUUCCUCGAGAGCCAGCAGCUCUGUAUAUAACAUGCUACUUGCACUCGCUUAUCACCGAAACUAUAUUGUAUAUACGCAUACAUAUGAAUUUGCAUUUGCAUGGGGACGUUAUGCAUUUUAGGCUUGGAAAAAAAGAGAAAAAAAAAAGAGAAGACAACGAAAUUGCAUAUUUGGGAUUUGCUUUGUUGCAUUUGGGGAAGCGAGCAUUGGGAGGGAGAGUUGGAGAUGGUGUGAAGAUUGAUACCAGAAUGAGAUGCUUUGGGGUAGGUACAAGGUAACAUAUCUGUUAUUGGUUUUCUGGGCGGUGGGAGACGUGUACGAUAUACGACGUUAUAUUAGAAAGACAGUUUUUUGAUAUGGGAUAAGUAUACGGCAUCCCAUAUAAAUGCCAUACAUAGGUACACAAUAUGAAGAAGUGCUUUAGAUACCAGUUGUAAUGUUAUAACGAUCUUCUCGUUUGGCAAGCGUGAUAUUGGGACGUUGACAUCUUCACUAUAACAGGUAUAUGAAUUAUUUCAGGGAAGAAGUCUUCUAGAAAU